UUCACGGGAAGUCUUAGUAACGAGUAAACCGCCGAGCAGCGUGCAUCGAUCAUUUUACAGAGAGAUUCUUGAUCGUGUCACCGAUUUUUAAAUUGCAAAACGACAGCUGAGGAAGUUAAAUAACAAGAAAUAUGAACAUCAAGCUAAUCCUGAUUUGCACAAUUCUCGUUUUGUUCGUGUUUGUUGACAUUGGAGAUGCAAAAUCGAGUAGACGGCGAACCGGAAGUGGAUGGGGGGGCUCUGUGUUCCGCUCGAGGUCAACACCUCGUCCUCGCACUUCUCAGACCUCUCACAGCACGUAUCAACAGAGUAGUCAAGGAGGUUCUAGUCCUGAUAAAAUAGGGUGGAACGUUGCAGAUAAAAAGCCAACAAGCGGAACCAAUACCAAUACUGGGCCUAAACCUUCUGCUCCUGUAUCUGAACACAAUGCUAAAACCAGCGCGACUAAUGUGCAAUCUGGAUACAAUCCUUCAGGUGGAUAUCCUCGUCAACCAGCCAGCAAUCCUUAUCACACAAAUUCCAAUCCUAAUCAACCCUACAAUCCAUCAGCCGGGCAAGGUUACAAUCCAUCAGUUGGAGGGUACAAUCCUUCACUAGGUCAUGGUUACAAUCCAGCAUCUGGUCAAGGCUAUUACAAUCCUGGAGGAGGAGUACAUCCACCACCUUAUGGAGCACAGCCAUCUUAUGGUGGAUACAAUCCAGGCUUUGGACAGCCGUCUUUUGGACAGUCUUUUAGUCCGUCCAUGGGACAAAUGCCACAGCAGACGAUUCUCUUACAGCAAGCGGCGAAGCCUGGUAUAGGGCAAUUAGCAAAAGAAGCGUUUGUCUUUGCUGGUGUGAGCGCUGGAGUAAACGCGGCUGUGAACAGAUUAAUACCAGGAGGAAUCUAUGGCACCAGAGGCACUGGAAGUGGAGGUGGUGCCUCUCACACUGAAAUUACCUAUAAUAAUUACUAUAAUAAUGGAACUGCUCCUGCUCCGGCUCCAAAUUCUGAUCAACCGGCAGCUGCCGCAGCUCCUGCGGCUCAACCAGCAACUAAUUCUCAGUCUCAACCAACUCAAUCAGCCGUUCAACCUGCUGCUGAAGCAUCGCAAGCUUCACAGAAUAAUGCUGGUACCAACGCGUCACCGAAUAAUCCAAAGUCUCAAGAAUCAACGCAGAACAAUCCUAAUCCUUUGGGAUUCGUCACUUCUAACGAUGAUAUCAAAAAGCUGACAGAAGGUCUAUUCGAAAAAGAGAAGAACAGUGCUUUGAAAUACAUAACGAUUAAUUUGCAAGGCCAGAAGAAAGAUGACAGCACCAGUGACGAUGCCUCUGAACCGUUGUUGACUGUGAAAGACGAAGCUUAUGAGAUUCCGACUGUGAAAUCUGUGAUAGCCUUACACGAUAACUAUGAACUUGACGUUAAAACGAAGGAGACAAUAACGCCAGAAGAGCGAAAAGAGGAAUCGGACCUUCUUGACAAGGUCCUUGAAACAGACGUGAUGAAAGCGACUAUGAAAUUCUUAGUCGAUAAAGGAUAUAUCGAGGACGAUGAAUAUGAGUUUAAAGAUACUAUGAAACGUAUAUGGUCCUCUCAAUUCAAACGAAUUGAUGGAGACGCGUCGAGUUCUGGUUUCGAAACUGUAUUCCUGGCUGAACAGUUUGAUUCGGAUAUAAUUGGGCUGCAUAAUUGGAUCUACUACGCGAAGCAAGAAGCGGACAAGAAGCUCAAUUAUCUUGGAUAUAUCAAGGAAGUCAAACUGGGCGAUAAAGGAGCAGUUUUGAAAGUACGUUCAUCGCUAAAUGGAAUAGUGCAACCAGUUACGACCCUUUUUGUCGGUACAUCACCAGAAUUGGAAUUAGCUUUGUACACGAUGUGCUUCUUUACUCGGCCUAACAACGCUUGCCCAAUUUCUUUCGGAGGAACCGAGUUUGUGAUUUUUGUUAGCAGAAUCAAUUACUUUGGAAAAGAUAUUUUAAUUUCAGCAUAUCCUGACAUAUAAUUUUGUUAAAACAAAAUCUGAAUUUAUAAUGUCAUAACAGAUUUCACUUUAGUGAUUUCAUUGCAAAGAAUAAUUGAAACAAUUGCUAAAAUAUAAGGAAUUUAAAUUGCUUCAUGUAAAUGAAUUUAUAAAUAAGUUUUUUCUUAAUUAAUAUAUAUGGUGUAUGAAAGAUCUGUUACGUACACGAUUGAUUUUCUUAUGACGUUUUUCUAAGUCCGUUAAUUCCAUUAGAGGCACUAUGGAUGGCCGUCCAUGAGCACAUUGAGUAGGUAUCUUCGUCUCAUUUAAUAAUUUCAAAAGCCAUUUACAUUCUUUUAAUGUUAGUGGAUCUCCGAAUUUUAUGGCUCCUAAAAUACUCUUUAUUAGAUAGUAUUGAAUAUAAUGUUAUAAUGUACAAAAAGAUGAGAUUGUUAUUCUAUUAAUAUUUUCUGCUGAAAAAUAUAUACUCUAUCUAUUUAUAUUUUAAA